UGAGAUUGCCACCAUGAGGGUCACUCAUCCUCCGGUAGCCGUCGCAUUCGCCGCCACACCGGAAGAAGACGUCUUCGACUCUUUACGAACUGCUGCCACACAUCUAACUGUUGGUGUAGCAGGUCUCCGGAAGAAGGCCACAGGAGUCAGGCCAUGGCUCCUCCUCGAUUCCACCGGCGAGGCCCAAGUUAUCGAGGCCGGUAAACACGCUAUCAUGCGCCGGACGGGGCUACCUGCUCGUGAUCUCCGCAUCUUGGAUCCGAUUCUAUCAUAUCCCUCUACCGUCCUUGGCAGAGAACGGGCCAUCGUCAUCAAUCUUGAGCAUAUCAAGGCCAUAAUUACGGCACAAGAGGUGUUGCUGCUUAAUUCAAAAGAUCCUUCUGUUACUCCCUUCGUUGAUGAACUUCAACGCCGUAUCUUGCGUCAUCAUCACGCCACUUCUCAGGAGGGAAUGAUAGAUGCUCAUACUGACUGGACACAUUUGUACGAUUUGGGAGAGCCACGGUCAAGAGAGGCCAGCCCUCCAAGAGUAGAUGCGAGCAUCCCAGAGGGAGGUCAGGAGGUUAAAGCUGAUGGAAAACAUUCUUUUGAUAAGCGAGAAGGACCAAAGCUUCUUCCAUUUGAGUUCAUUGCACUGGAGGCAUGCCUGGAGGCAGCUUGUAGUUCCUUGGAUAAUGAGGCACGGACAUUGGAACAAGAAGCACAUCCAGCACUGGAUAAGUUGACCUCAAAGAUCAGUACUCUCAAUUUGGAACGUGUCCGCCAAAUUAAAAGUCGGUUGGUUGCUAUUACAGGACGUGUUCAAAAGGUCAGGGAUGAAUUAGAACAUUUGUUAGAUGAUGACGAAGAUAUGGCUGAAAUGUAUCUGACAGACAAGCUGGAGCAACAACUAGACAAUUCCUCUUCAUCUUCUUCGUUUGUUAACGAGGAAGAUGAAGAGAUUCUUCAAACAGAAACUGAUGAUAGGAACAUAAAUGAAGGCGACAUCGAGCAGAUGGAUAACCAGCAGCAGGCUGAACAGCUAUUCCGAGCUAAUACACUUGGGAGAGACAGCCGUGGGACUCGAACCAGCACGACUAGAAGUGGUAACAGCAAGCACCUUGAUGUUGAGGAACUAGAAAUGCUUUUGGAAGCGUACUUUGUUCAGAUUGAUGGCACUCUGAAUAAACUAUCCACGCUGAGGGAGUAUGUGGAUGAUACAGAGGAUUACAUCAACAUAAUGCUGGAUGACAAGCAGAAUCACCUUCUGCAAAUGGGUGUUAUGUUGACGACGGCAACUCUGGUGGUGAGCGCAUUCGUGGUGGUUGCCGGAGUGUUUGGAAUGAAUAUUAAUAUCGAGCUGUUUCUAGGUGACACGGAGCCGGAGAAGGAAGUCGGUAUGCGUAAAUUUCUGUGGACGGUUGGUGGUGGUACUACUGGCAGCAUCUUCCUAUAUGUUAUCGCUAUUGCUUGGUGCAAGAAACAAAGGCUUCUCGAGUAGUUUAUUUAGUAGUGAGAUCCAUCAGCAUCAAUUUUUUUUUAUAUAUAAAAAUAAUCUAUUAUACAUUAUUAUUAUUAUUAACAUAACUGACUUGGUUUUUUUGGAUAGAAUAAAUUAGGAGGUUGCAAGUUACUUUAUGUUAAUAAAUUGGUGUUGUCUGGUAG